UGCCCGCCAGCUUGUUUCAGCUUCUUUCUUUCCGUGGCCAUUAAGCUGAAUCCUGGGAAAGCAGUAGCGAGGGUUGCGGUUCUUGCGAUGUCUCCGAGUGCGGCGAGGGGAGAGCUGCGGGAGACGCGGUUCCGAGGUGUGAGGAAGCGGCGAUGGGGGCGGUUCGCGGCGGAGAUCCGCGACCCUGCCAAGAGGAGCCGCGUGUGGCUCGGCACAUUCGACACCGCCGAGGAGGCGGCGCGCGCCUACGACGCCGCCGCCCUCCAGUUCCGCGGCACCAAGGCCAAGACCAACUUCGCCUACCCCGGCCCUCUCUACGCCCCUGUCGUCGCCGGAUCCGUCCCCUCCAGCCCCAGCAACAGCAACGCCGAGUCCUCCACCCCCUCCCCGAAGGCCGGUGCCGUCACCGCUCUCCUGCCGCUCGAUCUCGAGCUCGGCCAUGCGUCCGCCAGGUUCUCCUUCCCUCACCGUCCGGCCUCCUCCGCGCGGGAGGCGUCGGUGAGCCACCACUGUCUCGCGUUGGGCCGAGCAGCGGCCUUGACCGGGAUGAGUGUAUGUGACCGUUUACAGAGUGCGUCGGAUUCGGUCUCGCCGGCGGAGCCGACUAUGAGGCUUCCCUUCGACGUCGAUCUCAACCUGUCUCCUCCAUCCGAGGUGGUCUGAUCCAAACGCCCGGGGUUAGAUCCGAUACUGAGAGAAUUAGAUCCGAAAAUUUACCUAUAUAUACACACACACACAAUAUUUCUCGAUGUAAUUUUCCUUUUUCUUUUUGCACUGAGAAAGUGAAUCAGACAAAGACAUCCAACUCAGUGUUAUAUUUACUACUCAUUUUACUUAUGCCAUCCCACUAAAAAGUUUAGCCACGUGUAAUUGAUGAAUUGCCAUGUCAUUGAGGGUGAUAAUUACGAUAAGACUUGCAUGAUGCCGGCUGACGCUCGACAUCCAUGUCGGGCUGACAACGCGUGGCUGACACGGGUCGUAACACCAAUCGAGGCCCAUUAACGACCGUUCAGGCUCGAUUCCGCACGUCACGCGAAUAGCGAUGUCAGACGCCAUCAGAAGGUACGAUCCUACCCCUUGCGAGCAGGCACAUCAGGUAACACCGAACUCCCCUAUAAAGACCCUUGCAUUCUAAACGGAAAAAGGGGAGGGGGGGGGUGACAAUCAUCGUAUAACUUAAUCAUCAGAGACGUCGGGUCGAGCAUCCCGACCCGACCUGCGUGCAGGGACGAAGGCGAGGCGCUUCUCUACGGGUGCGUUGGCAAGGAGCUCGUUCCUGAAGGAAAUAGCGACCCGUCAUCCGGAUUCGAACUAAACCGCGUCGGCCCCGAGGCCACGUUUAAGAAGUUAUUUACACCAACGUCAUUAUUACAGUUUUCUGUGAGCAAUCGGAUAAGAUCGUAGUACCGUUCAAUGCACGUGACUGGUACUGGUAAGUACAAUCUCACCUUGUAUGUGCUGCAGGUAUUGGAUCUACCGCCACGUGUCUCUUAGUAUUCUUUCCUGCGUGCGUGUACCUUAGAAUUGGCAUCACAUCGAACGAAUGAGUUCGCGAAUCGCAUGCUGUCAAGGACGCAAGUCCGUUAAUGAGAGCGAGCCACGUGUCUGUCGAUUGCAUCAGCAAGGGGGGGCAAAUCUACGUCAGAGGUGCUUUGAGAUCUGUGCGCACCGAUCUAACUGCCAGGAAAUAUUUCGUCUUAUCAAUCAAAAAAAUAAAUAAAUCAAACUCGAAUAUUUAAAUGAAUAA